UUCAACGGUCGAAUUUUUCAAAUACACCCAAUUCUGCAACUUUUCACUCUAGCUUCUUCACUCCACAAUUUUAAAAUCCUCUCCAUUUUCUCAAGAUAAGGUCCUAGAAUCUUCACCAGAGCUGCUGAAUUGUUGCAAUAAUAAACAUUCUCAUCGAUUUUGGGUUAAUUUUUCAGCUAUCUGCAGGAGUAGUUCGAUUAAAUGUCGGCAGGCGAGAAGAAGAUGCUUACCCUGACGGAAACAACAUGUGGUACUCUUCUGAAUGAACUGCAGAUAAUAUGGGACGAGGUGGGGGAAUCUGAUGCGGAAAAGGACAUAAUGUUGCUUGAGCUCGAACGAGAAUGUUUAGAGGUGUAUAGGAGAAAAGUAGAUCAAGCAAACAAGUGUAGGGCUCAACUGAGGCAAGCAAUUGCUGAUGCUGAGGCCGAGCUUGCUGCCAUCUGCUCUUCAAUUGGUGAGCCUCCUGUACAUAUAAGACAGUCUGAUCAAAGCACUGGAAGUUUGAAGGCUGAGCUUAGAGCAAUCCUUCCACAAAUAGAAGAGAUGAGAAAAAGGAAAUCUGAUAGGAAAAACCAAUUUAUAGAGGUGAACGGUGAGAUACAGAGUAUAAAGAAUGAAAUAUAUGGUGGAGGUUAUGCUUCGAAGGAUGCGGCAGUGUACGAAACUGAUUUAUCUUUGAGAAAGCUUGAAGAACUUCACGUUGAGCUGCAGGCACUCCAAACUGAAAAGUGUGAACGUCUGAAGCAUGUCCAUGAGUACCUUAAUUAUUUGUACUUGGGCUGCUCAGUGCUUGGUUUGGAUUUUAAGGAAACUGUCAGUGUGAUUCAUCCAAGACUAGGGGAACCUGAAGGAAAAGACAUCAGCAACGGUACCAUUGAACAAUUGAGGACUGCUAUACAAAGAAUGCAGGAGGUUAAAACACAGAGAAUGCAGCAGUUACAAGAUCUAGCAUCUUCAUUACUGGAGCUUUGGAACUUGAUGGAUACACCAAUUGAAGAGCAACAGAUUUUUCAGAAAGUUACCUGUAAUAUAGCUGCUUCAGAAGAUGAAAUAACAGAGCCUGGCAUGCUUUCUGUCGACUUUAUUAAUCAUGUCAAGGCUGAAGUUUCUCGACUGGAGGAGCUGAAAGUAAGCAAAAUGAAGGAACUUGUGUUCAAGAAGAAGGGAGAGCUUGAAGAUAUUUGUAAGAAAACACAUUUAAUUCCAGAAUCAGAUAGUGAGGUUGAUUUGGCUAUUGAAGCUGUUGAAUCUGGAGCUGUUGAUGCCUCUUGUGUGCUUGAACAAAUUGAGCUCCAGAUAUCUAAAGUCAGAGAAGAGGCUCUAAACAGGAAAGACAUACUUGAAAAGGUUGAGAAGUGGAUGGCUGCAUGCGAUGAGGAGAGCUGGCUUGAGGAGUAUAAUAGGGAUGACAAUCGCUACAGUGCUGUGAGAGGUGCCCAUCUUGUUCUGAAACGUGCCGAAAAAGCUCGUGUUCUGGUCAACAAACUUCCCGCAAUGGUGGAGACAUUGGCUUCAAAGACCACUGCGUGGGAGAAAGAGAAUGGAGUCUAUUUUACCUACGAUGGCGUUCGUCUGCUUUCUAUGCUUGAAGACUACAUGACUUUGCGGCAAGAAAAGGAAUUAGAGCGCAAAAGGCAGAGGGACCAGAAGAAGCUUCAGGGGCAGUUACUUACUGAGCAGGAGGCUCUUUAUGGUUCCAAACCAAGUCCUAUGAAGAACCAGAGCGCGAAGAAAGGCGCCCGAUUGUCCUGUGGUGGUGCUGCAACCGGAAGGAGACUUUCCCUUGGUGGAAACAUGCUACAGACUCCAAGGCAUGAUAUGCCUCCUCCAGCAAAAGCUACUCCUGUCACUCGCAACGCCAAAAAGAGUCAACGUAUAACUCACGACGCUCUCAAGGAUGACGGAUUUCAAACACUCUCCUCUGGGAGGAGAGGUUUAGACCUGGUCGGGCUUCCUGUAAACCAGCAAUCUCGAGAAAUAGAAUUUCCCUCGCCCAUGAUGCGAAAGCCGUUCUCUCCCAUUUCAUCCACGGACUCAUCAAGGUUGAACGCCACAAACAUUUUAGGCGACAUCAACCAGAAACAUAACGAAAUGUUGCAAAAGAUGCUCACAAGCAACAACAGCACCACACCAUUCACCACCCCCGAAGCAGAGAACAUAAUGCCUCAAGCAGCCUCAACACCCUCCACCACAUUGCCUAUCCCAAUGCACCUGGCUAUGACGCCAAUGCAGAAGCCCGUGUCAUCCGCAACGCUGCAGAUGGCCGCCAUCACACCAGCAAAGGCAGCCGAGGAGGAGAUAGAGUACUCGUUCGAGGAAAUGAGAGCCGGAUUCGUGCUGCCUAGAUCACAUCUAGUGAACUUGAUGAUGCAAGUAUAGUAACUUGUGAUGAUCACACAAUCUGUAUUCAUUUUUGUAUCUUGGUGUGAUAAAAAUUGAUUUCUAUUGCAUUGUACAUAGUCCACGAACAAGUAGACAUGGACUAGAAUCUUGAAUCUAAGUAGAUUCAAUCUUGUAAGAAUAAUUCCUGAUACCUUUUGUCUGGUUGUUAACUUUAGUAAUGAUUUUGUCUUGAUA